CCAAGUCAUUCUUUUCAACAACUCACCCCAAGUCUCUCUUUCAACAUGAAGUUCUUCGCUGUUACUAUUCUCGCCAUGAUCUCGGGCACAUUGGCACUGCCCGUUGCAGUUCCUGAUAACGGACAUAUCAGCUACGAAGGCUUGAAGGCUCCUCCCAAAGCUCCUAACCAGGCUGAUGACGGAUAUACUCGUGGAUGCAACCCGAUCUUUCAAUGCCGUGGAAGUGUUUAGACUGACACUAUACGCCGUCUCGCAAGACUUAUGAUUUCAUGGUCAUGUCUGCAUCUAGAAAAUUAGAUUGCAUGGCUGUAACCGGUCCCUGUUAUGUUAGGGUGAAGAGCACAUCAAAAUUAAUUCGCUUCUUGUCCACUUCUAGGUGUGACGAUUUAUCUCUUAGACCAUUCAGACCAAUAGAUUCAAUGGAACCAUGGAUUAUAUGAAGAGAACCUUUUAAAUCAAUACAGUUC